AAAAAGCAAACGAACAGGACGUGGAAAGGACUCGUGAUCAAAACUUAAGUCGUGCCGAUUUUACCACAAGCGGACAGAAAUAUUGUUCAGAUGAUUUAAAACACACAAACAUGUUGAGUUUUUUCGGAUUCAAGAAGGAUGGAGCUAAAAAGUCUUCAUCCGAGAGAGAAACUGAUGGAUUCGUCAUUAUUGGUGAAACUGUGGAGGAGCACCAACAGAAAAUGCAGUCCUUGAACAUUAUGCAGCCGGCAACAAAUGUAAUUGUACAGCCAUCUAAGUCAUCCAGCGCUGGGAACAGAGGAAUCACAGAGAGGGCUCAGCCUUCCUCCAUGCCCACGUUGGCUAAGAUGUCCACAGAAACACACAACACAGACGUUACCCCCGCCCUUCCUGAACUUCUAGGAGAUAUACCCUUCACCUUAGCACCACACAUCCUCACCAUGCAGGCGGGCCUACCUUUUGUUCCUGAUAUCGCCUUGCCUCACAACAUCAAUGACAAGCUAGACAACUUUUGUUAUGACUUCACCUUGGAGAACUCUGUGCUUUGUGAGCCUUGACACUCUAUCUCUAACAUGUGAGGAACUAUGGCCCUAUGAUUGACAUGCUACUCCUUAACCAUUUGCCUUUUCUUCACUAAAUGACCUAGGUUCUGUCAGCUGGCCAUAAGGUGAUGGGUUCACUCUGACAUAUCAUCCAGUCUGUUUAAACAAGUUAGUUAAGUUAGCGUCAAGAUAGUUUACAGUCCCUCAGGACCUUACAACACUUGCUUGUGGGAUAUGGGUGUGAUAAGGAGUAGUUAACACAAAAAUUAAAAUUGUCAUUUACUCACCCUCAUGUGGUUCCAAAGCCAUACCACUUUUUUAUAUUUAAAGAAUAUCCUGGCCACAAUAAAAAAGUACCAUUUAAAGAAUCAUAAAAGUGGUCCAUGUGACUUCUGAAGUCAAUAAAUCAUUUUUCAAUCAACUUGUUCAUUCUGCGGAAGAAACUCAUGUUUGGAAAAACAUGGGGGUUAGUAGAAAGUAAUUGUUUUUAUUUUGGGGUGAAUUAUCCCUUUAACACAGUAGAUGAGUAUUUAUAAGAUGAAUUAUGGCUUUACAUUUUUUAAAUGUAGCUAAGUUUUUACGGGUGUCAAAACUGUGCAUUUCUGUAUUUUGACUUUUUUGGUCCUUUAGCAUAAGAAGAUAUGCUGAAAUGAUAUACGUUUUGAUUAUUGUUUUGAAACUAUAGUGUUCUUUAGUUUAAUUGGGCUGAUUGAUGUUCCAGACAUCACAGACGGCAUUGGACUUUCCUCAAUUUUUACAUCGCUAAGCCAAGACUCACUGUAAUUUAUAGACUUUACUUGCCAAGCAGUCACUAAAAGCAGUCAUAAUGCAUAGUAAAAUUAUUUUACAGUAAUAUAGAUGUAACAGAUUUAUCAAUCAGCAAUGUAGUUCCAAAAAGUUUGUAUUCAAUAUCAAUUUGCAAUCAUAAUGGCUAGUCCACUGUUUGAUUUAAUUCUGACAAUACCAAUAAUAAACCUCAGUAUCUCACUUGUAAUAUGUAAAGAUCUCACUUGCAUUGGAGUUUAAGGGAGACUCAUAGUGCUCAUUACAAUGAGGCCAACAUUAUAUCUCUCAUUUGUAAAAGAGUGUAUUUAAAAAAAUAUAUACUUUGUGUUUUUUUUUUUUUUUUUGGCAUGCACGUCAUAUACCUCGGUUGACGUUUGGGUUAAUGCAUUACAUUUUGAGGUUCUGCCAUAAACUUCACACCCCAUUUUGGGGGCAGACAUGUAUUUUAACAUUUACUGUUCUGUUGGAACAGGCCACUAUUGUUGACCUGUGUUUUUUUUCCGUUUCAUUUGAAUCUCUAUUAGUGAAUGGGUUUUAUCAUAGUGCUUGCUGCUAUUUAUACAGUGCAUUCAAGAGUUUAGCAUUUCCCCUUCACAUCCUGUGUGGGGCUGUGUUUGCAUAGUGUGUUUUUUCCCUUUAAAAAUGUCUAAAAUAAUUCAAUGGCACUUCUUCAGGUAAAUGUUAUGUGAUCACUUUAUCUCUUCAGUGGACUGUCUUUACCUUUUGAUUCAUGUCUGGGACAGUCCCAAAGUCUGAUACCACGAGAUGAUUUUGCUAAACUUCUGAAAUAAAGAACAAAGUGUA